GCCCCUGGGAGAAACUCCAUCGUGCAGAUGUUUGAAUGGUCAUGGGGUGAUAUUGCUAAUGAAUGUGAACAGUUUUUGGGACCCAAAGGAUUUGCAGGAGUCCAGAUAUCUCCUCCUUCUGAAAACAUUGUCAUUGAAGAUGGAAGACCAUGGUGGGAGAGAUAUCAGCCAAUCAGCUACAGUCUCAAUACCAGAUCUGGAGAUGAAGGCGCCCUUAAGGAUAUGAUAAGUCGAUGCAACAAUGCAGGAGUAAGGUACCGUUAAUCUAAUUCUGUUAAUGGACGUGUAGAACCACCUUAGUUUUCUUUUACAGCUCAAAUUUCCAAUAUUAAAAUCUGAGAGCAUCAAAUUCAACAUAUUAUAUUUAUUGACAAUGUGGUCGAAAUAUUUUAUGAUAGAUACAGUGUCCUCACAAUUUAGCCUAAUAUACCAAUAUUCCGUUAAUUGCAAAAUUGCUGCAAUCCACGGAACAUGGAUGGAAAAACGCGCUAGUUCAUAAUGUCUGGUACUACCAAUGAUUUUUAUUUCACAGGAUAUAUCCUGAC